CUUGCUCUACACUUACAUGUGGUGGUGUUUACAUUUUGUUGGAUCCGGAUGCUGCUGCAGAAUUAACUGCUGCAAUCAGAAAUUGUAUGAUCGACAUUGAGCCUAUCCAACCUCUAGUCUACUAGUCUUAGAAGGAUACCAACAGCCAUCAUGACUGAGGUCAAAUCUCGAGUACAGUUACUCACACGAGAAUCCCAGCACACCCUCACAACAUCCAGAGACCCCAGGGAACUCUCGGACACCCUGGAGAAAAUCGCAGCCUUCUUGCCGAAGAAGACAAACCCAGAAACCCAAACACCCUUAGCAGAGAAGCCAGAACAUGAUGAGUUCAUCCAAGGUGGUCACUAUGUUCACUUCAUUGAGUUUCUUGUCGACCAGCUGAGCUUGGAGUGGUACGGACGCUUCUCAAGUGAAGAGAGAAGUCGUCGAUUGUUUGAAGUGUUUUUCUUGGACGGUUUUCAUCAUCAUUCAUUCUUGGUUCUGUGCAGUGCAAUUACGCAAAGCAGCCCAAGCUUCAAGCAGAACAAAUGUCUUUCUCUUCUUGAAGUCUUCCUUCGUGGCGGCAGAAUGUCUGAUCUCAUUUGGGACCAGUGUAUGGUAGUGUCCUCAGAUCACACUGAAUCUAUGCAUUCAGCUAAGAAUAGAAUGUUAUGGGAACAGCUCAUGACUGCUAUUGUUACUCUACCAGACAGGAUUGCCAACAAACUGCAAGACAAAUGCAGUUCUUCAUUCCUUCCAAGGGAAUAUUUCACAAAUCUUGCUAAAGAUCUUCUCAGUGUAUUCCAUAAAGUGUACAACCAUCUCAAAGCAACCAAGAACUGUUCCCUUCAAUUCGUGAGUCAGUUAAUCGGCAGAAUCUGUGUGAAUGGACAUGCAGACACUUUGUUCACCGUCUUACUGCCCCACUUUGUGAAGCUCACAAUGGAUGACUUCAUCUGGUGUCGUAUCUGCUGGAGAAUCAUCAUUGGCUGCCCAGAGAGAUCCAUGGAGAGUAUCAUGGAGUGUCUACUCAAGAAAAUACCAUGGUAUGGUGUCAUGUCAAGAAUCUUGGGGGAUGCAGUGCUUAGUAACAACAAGCUGAAUUUUCUCUUAACCAAUAAGUUUCUGUUGCUUAGAUGCUACGAUCAGGAGUUGGUGCCACAGAACAUCAUUGGAUAUUUAGCAGACUCUCCAAAUAGGAGGCCCCUUGUUGUAAAAACGUUGAAGACACUGUUGGACGUAUGGGGAGAUAGCAGUGCAGUGAAGCAUACAUCAUAUUCACAGCAUGCUUAUCUCACAAAGUGUAUCCUCGUAUGUCUGAGCCAUCUCAAUGAGCAAGAGAGGGUGCUACAUAAGUCUGUUCUCAUGCAGAAGUUGCUAUCAGGAAUGCAGAGUCAUCUCAAUAGUCCGGUACCCAAGUUGCGCCGUCUUGGCAUGAUCACAGCCGAGGCUUUAGCUAAGACGUUAGAUGCUGAGGGGCCUCAGCUCAAGUUUGAAUACGAGGCAGACGAUGAGAGUAGAAUACUGUGGUCGCUACUAGAACCUCCUGAAGACCCUGGGAUGGACUGGAUUACAAAAGAUUUGGUGGCGUUUUCUCUUAUGGAUGAUACCAAGGAGGAAGACCCGUCUCUGGACCAAGACAAAGCUAAAGAAACAGCAUCAUCUACAAAUCAAGAGACUGAACUUGAUAGUGAUGAUGAUCUUGAACCCUAUGAUAUGUCACAAGAUGUUCAAACGAGCCAGGUUAAGACUCCAAUGUACAUCAGAGAUUGUAUAGAAGGUUUAACUACAAAGGAGAAUCGUGAGCUGACUGAGGCCAGUCUAAAAGUAGCUGAGAAGCUUGUAAGAGCCAGGCCAGAUGACCUUAAGGAGGUUAGCAUUGCCUUUGUAAAGGUUCUUCUACACCUAGAGGAUAUAUAUGAGAUAGAUGAUUUUCCAAUCUUACGACACUCAGCGAUGGUUGCUGCUACAGUAUACUGCCCUGUAAAGGUUUCUGAGUUUUUGACAAGAGAGUUCUAUGACCGGAAUUACAACAUCAGACAGCGGCUAGAUAUGCUGGAGGUGCUAGCUGCCGCAGCCCAAGAACUUGCCCUUCCUGUUCAAGAAACAGUACCUUCUAGCGGUCUUCAGAAGAAGUCACGACCUUUGACCUCAUCAGCACCUAACCCCUCCAUGGAGGCGGAGCAUUGGAGGGAGAUUGUUCAGAGGAGGAUUGAGAGUAAAACCAGACGGUUUGUAAAGGGUAGGACUACACCAGCCCCUAGUCCAGUAGCUAAUAGAUUUGGACCAGUCGCUGGACAUUUCUUCUUCCCCCUACUCAAGCAGUAUGACAGUAAGAUGAACACCAUGGACAUGUUAGGCGAUGAUUUUCUACUCCUUGGUAGGAUGUUAUACACAUUGGGUAUUGUCGUAUACAGCGCUCAGCAUUCACCAAUAUGCCGCCAGAUGGCAGGGAGUCUACUAGAACUAGUCUGGGUGCUGAGAUAUCAUACAGAAGUGUUUGUGCGACAGGCUCUACUGUUUGCCCUCUCUAUGGUGAUACUGAGCAUUCCCAGUCACCUGCUAGUCUCUGAGCUUCAGGAUGAUAUGCUGGAAUGUAAACUCUGGCUUGAAGAUAUUAUUGGAAAAGAUCCGAGUGUAGAGUGCAGAGGACUGGCAACUCAAACUCUGAUGAUCCUUGGGUCAGUUGUUAAGAAGGAACUGAAUACAGACACGAAAUGAAAUCGAUGUCAACACAGAUAGCUGAAGGCUUGAGACAACAAGAAGCAUCACAAUUCCAUCUGAACAAUUCGAACAUUCCCCUGGAAAAUUUGAAUAAAAUGUGCAGAACAUUUGAUGAAAAUGUGCAGAAGACAGAAAGGUUUGACUCACCAGUGAUCUCCUUAACCAUCAACUGCGCUUGUACGAGGCUAAGCUAUUACUAAGUAGAUCUACGAAGAUCAGAUGUUACACUUGAGGCUCACCGUGGAUGAGAGAAAAAUGACACUUCUAGAGAUUAAUGUUUUAAAUGCGUCUUGUUGAUGACCUCUUGCAUAGAGCCAAAAGAUGACUCAACAGUUAGGCCAUGGAAGCAGCCGAGUAAAGCAAACAACAUUCAGAUAAUUUGCAGUAUGUGUUUUGUUGGAUCAAUAAAUUGACUAUGUCCGUUUCCUUCUGCGUCAUUGUCGAUGAAAUAAGUCUGAAACUUUGAUUUGGAUUUUAGGACCUAUGUUGAUUUGAUGAAAUCUACACCUUUUGAUAACCCCUGGUAUUACAGAUUGCAAGAAGCUUCUGGAAACAGUAUCCUCAGCCCUAGAGAAGUGCAUCAAAGAAUAAGACUUAUUUUGUAUCUGGAAAAAAUAGCGUUUUUUUUGUUACCAGGCAGAAAAAAAAGGUCUGAAUUCAUAUAGAAAGUUUGAAAUUUCUCAUCACUGAACAUUGUAGCAUAGUUGCGGUGCACAGUGGCAGAGCCAGAGGGGGGCAGGAAGGGCCCCCCCAAAUGAAAUUGUCAGGUAAGGCCAUUCUGAGUAAGUACAAUUUCACCAAAUGAAAUUAAAUACAAUUUUAAGUCUUUGAAGUAACCCACUGCACCCACAGCAAUUGCCGUGGUACCCUUUGCUUUUCCUGUGGUGCCCUUUGCAAACUUCCGUUAAAAAUUAGAAGUGCCCCUUACCAGAGGGAAACCACUGUGCCCCAUCAAGAGCCAAGUUCAAUGCCUGCAAUUUAACUAACUUUAGAGGCAGUGGAUACUAUUGGUAAUUACUGGGUAUAAUUAUUAGCAUAAAAACUUACUUGGCAACAAGCAA